AUCACAACUUCCUGAAAGCCACUGCGUUCUAGCAACUAGCCACCAACUAUGGCAGAGGGGAGUGCGGACACAGAAGCAGAAAUCCAGAAGAGGUUGCAGGAACUUGUUGACCGUCUGUAUACAUUCCGGGACCACUAUUUUGAGACACACAGUGUGGAAGAUGCUGCUAGGAAACAAUAUGAUGUUGAAAAGGAAAUGGAGAAAACCAUUUCUCAGAUGGACGAAAUUGAUGAUACCUGGAAGAGCAAAGCUUUCUUUUUAAUGCUACGGGGAAAGGCCUUAAAUGUCACACCGAAUUAUAGCCAAGAGGCAGAGGAUGCCCUUUCUAAGGCAGUAAAAUUGGACCCAGGACUUGUAGAAGGUUGGAAUCAGUUGGGAGAAGUAUAUUGGAAGAAAAUGGAUGUGGCGGCUGCUAAAACAUGUUUCCUGGGAGCACUGAAUCAUUGCAAAAAUAAGGUCUCUUUGCGUAACUUGUCCAUGGUGAUGCGACAGCAGCGAUCACAGGAUGCGGAGGAGAAUAGUAAAAACAUAAUGGACAGUGUGAAGGAAGCCAAGCAGGCUGUGCAGAUGGACCCAGGAGAUGGGACUUCCUGGUACAUCCUUGGCAAUGCUUAUCUCUCGCUGUUCUUCUGCACUGGACAGAAUCCUAAAAUAUCUCAGCAGGCUUUAAAUGCAUAUGUGCAGGCGGAGAGAGUUGACAAGGCUGCAUCCAGCAAUCCAGAUCUGCAUCUCAACCGAGCAACACUGUGUAAGUAUGAGGAGAGAUAUGAAGGUGCACUGGAAGGCUUUUCACAAGCUGCCUCUCUAGAACCAUCAUGGACUGAACCAGUCAUGAGAGAACAGCAACUGCUUGAUUACCUGGGCAAACUGUGUGGCCUUCUAGCCAACAAGGGCAAGAUACGAGGGAAAAGGCUGCAGAAUAUGUUAAGUAGCCUAAGUCCUUCUCUUCUUAGUCAUUUUGGUGGCUCUGGAGGAUUAGAGUUUAAACCACUGAGUUCUAUGCAGCCAGGCAGGAACCCUGGCUGUGUAGUGUUGGGAAGAGUUGUAUUCAGCCUAAUGCCAGAGGAACGAGUGCCAUUCACUUUCGGUCUGGUAGAUGCAGAGGGCUCCUGUUAUGCAGUAAUGGUUUAUAACAUGGUAGAGAGUUGGGGUGUCCUCAUUGCAGAUUCUGUGACCAUUCCUGAACCUCACUUGAAGCAACAUAAUAUAAAGCAUAAAGGCCAGAUGUUUACAUUUCAAAGUAUACGUGUUGACUCCCCUGUCCAGUUACUAGUCAAUGGCAAGCCACAGGGACCUAGCACACAGGCCAGUGCAAUAGUGGCUUACAGGCCUCAGAGUGAGUGAUGAAAGAACAUCAGGAUCUUCUCGCAAUGCUGUGAAGAGCAGGGACAUGAAGGAUAUAUGCCAUUUGUGUUGCAUUUUAUAGCCAGAAUGAAAAGCUGCAUGAGAACUAAGCAUUUUUGGUCACAUCACACUCAUAAGAACUGAUCUGCCCACUUAUUAUCUAAUUGGUGCUACAGAUUGCUUUGGCAGUAAAUUACGCCCAUCGUCAAAAUGGCUGAAUUAAUCUUCUGAUCCAGCAGUGCCCUUAUCACACACACACACACACACCCCUAGAAUAUUUGCUGCUUUGUGUCUUAAUGACUUUUUUCCAGUCUUAUCCCUUUUUUUUAAUAUUUGUUGCCCCCACCUUUCCAUUGAGUGCUUGUAUUUAUAAAUUUGAUAUAAUAUUAUGAUUAUUUAUUUUUACCAAUAUUUGUUAUCUCCCUCAUGUUUAGAGGGAUUUUUUGUGUAAAGAAUUAAAAAAAAUAAUAACUUG